AUGAAUGGAUCGAUCAAAUCAGUUCCCGGAGAGCCGCAAGAAGUGCAAGUGGCUGUGUUGAACUCGACGUCAGUCCGCGUGACGUGGAAGCCGCCGAAGGAGAAGGAGAAGCACGGAGUCAUUCUCGGCUACCAGUUCAACGUGCAAGAGACGCGGAAAACGCGCGGGGAGAAGGUCAUCAGUGAUCCAGGUCAUUAUUUGGAGCUGAAUGGGUCGGCCACGGCCUUUACCAUAGCCGACUUGCAGCCGGACACCAAGUACCAGGUCCAGGUCUCGGCCAUGACGCGAAAGGGUGACGGCGCGCGCAGCAAAAUCAUCAACUUUGCCACGCCCGGCGGGGUUCCGUCCAGGCCCACGCUGAAAAUUAGACUUGCGGAAGGGACCUCAAACGGGGUAUCGAUCGAAGCCUCGUGGUCUCAGCCGAAAGAAACGUUCGGAAAGAUCGUGGGAUGGCGACUGAAAUAUGGCAAAAGAUUGCCUACGCCUUCGCAGCAGCUCUUCGGUGUAUCGCCGCAGGCAAAGCCGGAAGGUCAGACUGACGACAUGGACGAACUUUCAGCUACUCCCACACAACCACCGCCGAUUACUGAAAUCAACAUUGAUAAUCCGGACGAAACUCGUUAUGUGCUCCAGGAACUGGAAAAGGGAUAUGAUUACGAGUUUCGUUUGGCUGCGAGAAACGCGGAGGGUCAUGGGCAGGAAUCGGUUGCCUACAUAACGACCCCCGAUGGACCCCCGACCGGCCCACCGACGAACAUUCAGGACCACACCAUCACUCCGGACAUCCUCGUUGUAACCUGGGAUCCACCGGAAAUGCCGCACCGGAACGGUCGCAUCAUCGGCUACACGUUGCAGUUCCACAAACGUCGAGAUGACUAUUUGUUCCUGGAACGAAACGUCACGAACCCGAAAGUUGUGAUCCAGAGUUUAGAAGAGGAUACGUGGUACUAUUUCCGAAUUCGUGCGUAUACUAGUCGAGGGCCGGGUCCCUGGUCGGAAAAUGAAAGCUUCAAGACAAUCCGUGAGAUAGUGAGAGCCCCUUUGAAUGUGCGUGCCAUGGCCACGUCUGAGUCUUCUGUCGAAGUCUGGUGGGAAGAAGUGCCUGGAGCAGAACGAAUUGUUGGCUACCGAAUUUAUUACACCAUGAUGGCGACAGAAGACCUGGACACGUGGUUGCACAAAGAUGUUCCAGCUACAUUUUCCGCCGAAAUUCAGAACCUUGAGAGGCACACGUCAUUCGCGAUCAACGUCGCGGCCAAAACGAAAGAGGGUUAUUUGGGUCGUCUGAGUGAAACAAUCACGGUGAAGACGAAGCCUCAGGACGUGCCGAUGUGGCUGGUGGCGGACAGUGUGUCGACCCAUACGAUGGACAUUCGUUGGGAAGCCCCGCGUGUCAUGACACCCAUGCAAUACCGGAUUGCCUUUGAUGCUGUGAAGGAGUUCGUCGACGCCGGUGGAAUGACGCAAAGGCGGAAGAUUCCUGCGCGUGUAAUGCUCGUUGGCCCAGAUGUGUACUCGAAGCACAUCGAGGACCUGACCCCAUUUACAACUUAUUCGGUGAAUGUGACAGCCAUACCAAAAGACAGCAGCUUUCGACCUCCAGCUAGGAUUCAAGUCACGACUAUGAUGGCAGCACCAAAAACGAUGGUUAAACCGGAUUCUCUUGGAGUCACUACAGAAGGAUACAUAUUCCUGGCUUUGCCUCAAGCUUCCGAAGAAUAUGGACCAAUUUCACAUUAUUUUCUCGUUGUUGUUCCGGAGAGGAAAAAUUAUCCGUUUAAGCAUCCUGACGCAUAUUUGCUGGAUGAUUUGAUAGUGAACAAAGGGAGGAGCAAUCCGUACUUGAACAGCGUGAAACCGGGAGAGUUCGAAGAAGAAGAAGAGCUGCCAUACAUCGCCGCGAAAUUCCUCAAUCGUGAUAUUCCGGUCGAGUUUUACCUGGGCAAUAACAAAACGUACAAUGGCUUCUGGAACAGACCACUGAGCGCCGAACUUCGGUACAAGAUAUUCUUGAGAGCCUUCGUCGACACUCCUCAGAAGACGAAUCUGUACGGUAAUAGUGAGCUUUCGGACUUCAUGAGUCUGAAAAUGCCACUAGUACACCCAGGCCAGAAGCUGCCCACUCGUCCUCCACCUUCGUCCCCGCACGUAGACCCCGAGGGCAUCGGCCACCCGGACAUGACCCCCUACGGAAUUGACGGUGUCCAUGCCCGUUCUGCUGACAAGGUCUGGAUCAUCGCCCCUGCCGUUUCCGUCGUUCUUCUCGUCGCCCUCGUGUGUGCUGUUAUUUUGCUACGGCGGCGUCGCGGUGCCCCGAAGGAGCACGACGCUGGUCGUUCGGCUGUAGAUAAACCCUUGCUGGGUAAUGAGCGAGGAGCUGUGAUUGCCGGUGGAAUCGGAGGGGGGUCGGCGUAUGGGGGUUCUUUGGGACGAGCUGGAUCGUCGCUUGGAGGUGGAAACUACGACUACGCGCCUGGAGGACCCUCGGAUCCCGUGGAGUUGAGGCGCUUGAAUUUCCAAACCCCGGGCAUGAUGUCGCAUCCGCCCAUUCCGGUGUCGGAGCUUUCGAAUCACAUCGAGAUGCUGAAGGCCAACAACAACACACUGUUUUCUCAGGAAUACGAGUCGAUCGAAACUGGACAAUUGUUCAAAUGGGAAAACUCGAGCAUGGAGGUGAACAAGCCUAAGAAUCGUUACGCCAACGUCAUCGCUUACGACCACUCCCGGGUUAUCCUUGAACCAAUUGAUGGCAUACCGGGCAGCGAUUAUAUCAACGCGAAUUUUUGCGAUGGUUAUCGGAAGCAGAACGCGUACAUCGCUACGCAGGGUCCCUUGCCGGAAACAGUUUCAGACUUUUGGCGAAUGGUAUGGGAGCAACGAAGUAUGACGAUCGUGAUGAUGACCAAGUUGGAAGAGCGAGCGAGGAUUAAGUGCGAUCAGUAUUGGCCAUCGCGUGGAACUGAGACAUAUCAUCCGAUUAUUGUUUCAUUGGUUGACACCGUGGAACUCGCAACUUACAUCAUCAGAACUUUUCAAGUGCAGCAUUUAAACUACAGUGAAAUACGGGAAGUUCGGCAAUUCCAGUUCACGGCUUGGCCUGAUCAUGGUGUACCUGUGCAUCCUACGCCAUUCCUGGUGUUUUUGAAGAGGAUCAAGGGGUUGAAUCCCAGUGAAGCUGGUCCUCCGAUCAUUCACUGCAGUGCUGGCGUUGGAAGAACUGGAGCAUACAUCGUCAUCGAUUCGAUGUUGGAGAGGAUGAAGACAGAGCACACAGUUGACAUUUACGGUCACGUUACUUGUCUUCGGGCCCAAAGGAACUACAUGGUGCAAACUGAAGACCAAUACGUGUUCAUUCAUGACGCGCUGGCGGAAGCCGUGAUUUGCGGUAAUUCGGAAAUACCUGCGCGAAAUCUGCAGCUUUAUGUGCAGAAGUUGUUCACGCCUGAACCCGACGGCCAGAUCCCGCUGGAAUUAGAAUUCAAGCGUUUGGCGAAUAUGAAAGCGCAACCGUCGCGAUUCGUGUCGGCGAACAUGCCGUUCAACAAGCACAAGAACCGGCUAGUCAAUAUUCUCCCUUAUGAGAACACGAGGGUGUGUCUGCAGCACAUCAUGGGAAAGGAAGGAUCUGAUUAUAUCAAUGCAUCUUACAUAGACGGCUACAAGUAUCCAAAUGCGUACAUAGCCACGCAGGGUCCCCUUCCGGAUACAGCUGAAGAUUUCUGGAGGAUGCUUUGGGAGCAUAAUUCCACGAUCGUCGUGAUGCUGACGAAGCUAAGAGAAAUGGGCAGGGAAAAAUGCCAUCAGUACUGGCCAAAUGAUCGCUGCGCCCGGUACUCUUUCUGCGUCGUGGAGCCGAUAGCCGAGUACAACAUGCCCCAAUACAUCCUUCGCGAAUUCAAGGUCACGGAUGCCCGGGAUGGACAAUCGCGAACAAUUCGCCAAUUCCAGUUCACGGAUUGGCCGGAACAGGGAGUGCCCAAAUCCGGGGAGGGGUUCAUCGACUUCAUCGGCCAGGUGCACAAGACCAAAGAACAGUUCGGUCAGGAAGGACCGAUUACGGUGCACUGCAGUGCCGGUGUGGGACGGACCGGGGUGUUCGUCACGCUUAGUAUAGUGCUCGAAAGGAUGCAAUACGAGGGUGUUGUGGAUCUGUUCACGACCGUACGAAUACUGCGAACGCAGCGUCCUGCCAUGGUCCAAACCGAGAAUGGAGGAGAUCUCUUACUGAUGAGCUCGUUGCUUAGUCUCUCCGAUUGGGUUCGCGAGAUGUGGUCCAAGCGGAACGUGUUUCUCGUUGUUCUUCUUUCCGGUUUAACACAAAUACUAGGUGCGCCACAAGGCCAAUUGUCAUCGCAGCGUUGUCGUGCGCCGAAUGUUUGCGUCGAGCUUUGUCUAUGUCGGAAAGAAGAUAUUGUUGCACCCGAUGACCCCUUCGCAUUGAUCGUGAUCAAAGAAGCCUUUUCAUCGUCCAAUGAUUCGUCCAACCCUGUUGAUAUCUGCUUCGCUGAGAUUGGGUUCAGACAAGAUGGAUCGGAAGUAGUUCCAGUCGGCCUCUGUCCGGAAACUGCAUCAGUUUGUUGUAGAAAUCCUCUGUCUCGCAAGAAGGAGCCUCCAACCGAGCUUCAUACUUCGAGUAAAGAUGCGGUAAACGAUUUCUGGUCAGCGUGUGGAAGAGUCAGAAGAAAUGGACCCGGUUAUGAGAUCAAAUUUUCGAAAGCAACUCCGGGAAUUGAUUUCACAGAGGCUAAGCCGUGGGAAUUUCCGUGGACCGCCGUCAUAUUGGAAAAAUUUAAGAAAACCUUGCCCGAUGGACAGAAUUUGGAUGUUUUCCUCGGUGCUGGGUCCGUGAUUAAUCCGAAAGUAGUGCUUACUGCCGCAACAAAGCUCAUGAAAUUCAGGGCAAAUGAAAAGAAGGAACUCGUAGUUCGUGUCGGAGCGUGGGAUUUAUACGGAAGGUCGAUCAUCAGCUCUGACGUCCCUCACCAGGAUCUUUUCGUUGAAAAAAUAAUUUUUCAUCCGGAUUUCCAACCAUUUGGCCAAUAUGCCAACAAUUUGGCGGUGCUCUUAUUGAAAGAGUCCAUCAGUCCAUUGCCAAAUGUUGGUACAAUCUGCCUUCCGGAGCCUGGUGGUCAUCUCAUCGAGGGAUACGAAGAGUCCUGUAUCGCCACCGGUUUUGGCACUCCAGAUAAGGGAAUCUCGAACAUCAUGAAGAAGGCGUAUUUGAAUCUCAUACCUAAUUCCGAGUGCAACGCUGCUCUGAUUGAAGCCUUAACCUACCCUGACCUCGUUCUUCAUCGGGGAUCCGUCUGUGCUGUUGGUAGCAAUGGUUUGAAUGACACUUGCAAGGGUGACGGUGGAGGUCCUUUGGCUUGUUUGAGCAAAGGAACAGGUCGUUGGACGCAAGUUGGAAUAACAGCUUGGGGCGUUGAUUGUUCUGGAGCACAUCCCGGAGUGUACACCAAUGUUCUGUAUUAUCUUGACUGGAUUCACAGUGUUAUCGUUUGA